UAAAUAGUAUUUUUUUUCAGAAAAAAACAGAGUGACAGUACACAGUCCAAUCCUAUUCUCUGCGCCCCUCCGUUUUGCCUUCUGCACCAAUACGCUAAACCUCAGUCCCUUCCCAAAACCGCCUGCUUUUAAAGGAAUGUUUUCCUGCUUUUGCUUUUUCGCCUCUGCUUUUCGUCUCCCAUUCUUGAAAAGAGCAAAACCUUUUGGGGGCUUCCUCCUCUAAAAUUCCAACGGUUCGGGUUUGCUGAUCGGCGUUUUGGCAUCGAGCUCGGUCCCCGAGAGCUUUUCUCAGCCCGUGUCUGUUUCGGAUUUAGUUCUUUUUCCAUUUUUUUUUCUGGGUUCCGGUUGAGAUCUGCAGAGGAGGUUCAAAAAUGGCGAACCCGCGGUGUUUUCUGGAUAUUAGCAUUGGAGGCGAGAGGGAAGGGAGGUUGGUGGUGGAGCUGUACAGCGACGUCGUGCCUAAGACCGCCGAGAAUUUCAGAGCUCUGUGUACCGGGGAGAAAGGCGUCUGCCCUCACACUGGCGUCCCACUCCAUUACAAGGGUUCACGCUUUAACCGUAUCAUCCGAGGAUUCAUGAUUCAAGGUGGUGAUAUAUCCUCAGAAGAUGGAACUUCUGGUGGUUCCAUUUACGGAAAUCAUUUCGAGGAUGAGAAUUUCGAGCUGAGACAUUCAAGGAAAGGGAUACUAUCAAUGGCUAACUCCGGUCCAGACACAAACGGGUCCCAGUUUUUCAUCAUCACAACCCAAUCCUCUCACCUAGAUGGAAAGCACGUCGUUUUUGGUAAGAUGAUCAAAGGAUUUGGGGUCCUUCGCGCGCUCGAAUAUAUUAGCACUGACGAUGAUCACUAUCCGUGUGUUGAUGUUGUGAUCAUCGACUGUGGAGAAAUUCCCGAGGGAGAAGAUGAUGGAACAAUCAACUUCUUUGGAGAUGGUGAUCUUUACCCUGAAUCGCCUAUGGAUCUUGAUUCGAAACCUACUAAUGUCUUGUGGUUGAUUUCUGCUGUAGAGUCAAUAAAAGCCGUGGGGAACGAGUGGUAUAAGAAACAAGACUACAAGAUGGCCAUCCGAAAGUAUCGUAAGGCACUCAAGUAUAUGGAUUUGUGCUGGGAUAUGGAGGAUGUAAUUCCAGAGCAGAGUACAUCUUUGAUGAAAACUAAGUCUCAAAUCCUUACCAAUAGCUCAAAUUGGCUUGCUUCACUCACUCAGGCCUGCAAAUUGAAGUUAGGAGAUCUCAAAGGAGCAUUGCUGGAUGCAGACUUUGCAAUUCGUGACGGAAAAGAUAAUCCAAAAGCUUACUUCCGCCAAGGCCAGGUUUAUUUGGCACUCAAUAACCUGGACAAUGCGGUCCAAAGUUUUCAGAAAGCAUUAGAGUUGGAGCCGACUGAUGGUGGUAUAAAGAAAGAGCUUGCUGCUGCAAAGAAGAAGAUAGCUGAUAGGCGUGAACUGGAGAAAAAGGCUUAUGCGAGGAUGUUUCAGUAGAAUUGAAGUGUUUGCAUAGUGUAAGUAG